AUGAAGACAAAUCUCGGAGUUGAAUCGUUUCCAAGAACUGCAUUUUUGUUUGCCUUUUGCGUAGCAGCUUCUGUUUCGAAAACCUUUGGAUCAACGAUCGAGUCCGAUAGCGUAGGGGAGAAGUUUCUUCCGCCGGAGUAUUCAUCUCCGAAUCAUCCAUUCUCAUCGACAAAGAAUCUGUAUUCCGCUAUAUGCGAUGACUAUGUUCUAAUCGAAGAUGGCAAAAUGAGUUUGUGUUUAGAUAAAGCAAAUGGAAUGAGAAGUAUAAUGUUAUCUGGAAAAGAACUCGAUCUCUCAUGGGGAGAAAAUCCUCAUUUUUGGCAAUGGAUCUCAAUUCCUGAAUCUAGGUUUGACAAAGUGCUAGAACUUAUCUUGGGGUGUCCAUUCAAGAUCCACGGUUCGAUGAAAACUAGGUUUCUAUCUCCUGGAACUCGUUACUCGGCUUACGUAGUGUACAAGACAAAAUAUCGAAUUUAUGAUAUCCAAAAAAGCAUUGGAGUUGGAUGGAUUGAAUAUCAAACUCGUGAAGGAGAAAAGUGGGAAAGGCAGGAGCUAACGAAGGUAGUGGAGAGGGAAGAUGGGUGGAUGGAGGUAAAUUUUGGAGAAUUCUUCAACCAAGAAGGAUUAAUGGAUGAUGAUGAAAUUGUGUUUCAUAUUACUGAAAUUAAGUACUCUUAUUGGAAACCUGGAUUCAUCAUUCAAGGAAUUGAUUUCCGCCCUGUGAAAAAGCUCUGGCAAAGUUAA